AUGGCAACACAUUGUACACCACAAAAUGGCGCACCAGUGUUGAAAAUAUACUUCGACCUUAUAUUUGUUUCUAUAUUCCGUUACAUAGACUUCAGUUAUGUUGCUGCUGGCAUUUUUCAGAUUGUCAAAAUUCAAUUUUCAAUGCUGGCAACACUGAACAACGUACUCAUAAUAGCUUGCAGUGCGUACCUCGAAAAUAGGUUCAAUCAUUUGAACACUAUCAUAGCAAAAGAUCAAGAGGACAAUACAACUACAUCUAUGGACUGGCAUAAAAUAAGGGAUCACUACGGACAACUAACAAAACUAGUGAAAAUCAUAGACAAAAGAAUUAACCCAAUAGUUUUCCUGUCCUUCUUUUCAGAUCUAUACAACUUAUGUCUACAGUGUUACUAUGUCGUAAGCAGGCGGAAUUAUUACUACUUGGUGAACUACUCAGACUGCAUCCAAGAACAGAGUGGCCUACUUCAAACGAGGUUUUAUAAGCCAUUUGCCGCCGUGUUUACCUUUAUCAAAAUGAUAUCCGUCUCAAUACUAUGUGCUCGUCUGUACACGUCCAGUCGACGACCUCUUAGCUGUUUGCACACUGUCCCGAAGGCAGCCUACAAUAAUGAUGCGCAUCGCUUCAUGGAGCAAGUAUAUCAUUCAAAAAUCGCUCUGAGUGGCUUCGAAUUUUUUUACAUUACCAAAGAAAUGAUGAUCACGGUAUUGGGGAUUUUGGUUACAUACGAACUCGUUUUAAUACAACUAAAAUCGUAAAUAUUUGAAAUAGUGUGAAAAUUUGUAUGUUUGUUCUUCUUUCAAGACAAAACGGAGAUUUGAAUUGAGGUGAUUUUUUAGUAUGAAGGAAGACUGUUUGAGAUCUAGAGAGUAGGCUAGAAGCCGCGGGCUACAUCCAGUCUAGUGCCUAUAUACAUAUAGUAACUUCGUGUGACUUAUAUUUACGAUGCUUGUACCUAUUAUGCAUAUUUAAUUAUAUCGUUUCAAAUAUAAAC